GUGAAGAUAAAUAUAACAGUGUUGGGUUGUUUUGCGGAGUUAACAUAACUUGUCUUUCGCGCCACAACGAUUUCUCUUCUCUUCUUUCAAUUUCAUCACUUUCUCUCUCACUUUCGUUUACUUCACAUUUCAUUCUCCUUCAGUUUCAGUUCUGGUAGCUACCGAACUCACAAGUUUCUCGAGCUCCAUGGGGAAAGAAGAAUCCAAUACAUUUGGCAGACCUUACAACUUUACGGGGCCUAAUGAUGAAACUCCAAACAAACCUACGCUACCACAUUGGACUACUUCUAUGCAGGCUUAUUACAAUCGUGGGUCUACUCCAGCUCCCUUUUUGAAUCAAUUUGCACACGGCCCUUACUUGUAUCAACAUCCCUACAUGUGGCUAAAUCAGGCAAACAAUGCACUACUUCAAUGUGAUCCUCUACAUGAUCCUGCGAAGCUCUCCAAUAAACCUCACCCACCUGAGGGUGCUGCACUGGCUUUCCAACAAAUAGUUCUCAGGAAUUAUGGCGACAGAAACUCAGAUUGGAAAAAAUUAUUUGGAAGAAACUCGCAACCUGAAAGUUCAAUAACUGGGGAAUCAAGAGAAUAUGGAAACCAAUCUUCAGCACGAAAAAAUGACUGGGCUGGAACCUCAAUGAGUGUAGCAAGUGGAAGCAAGAGAUCACCAGAUGAAGACCAAGAUGACAGUAAGAAUGAUUUUACUAUAAGUAAGAAGCAGAAAUCUAACAUGACUACUGGGGAUGAAAAUUCUUCUGGGCUGACUCAGAAUGUGGGGAAAGUUGCCAAGGAAUCGGACGCUGAUGCUCAACUAAAAAAUACGGAUGAUGAUGAUAUAAGAAAAGAAAGAAAAAGACAGUCAAAUAGAGAAUCAGCUAAGAGAUCAAGGAUACGGAAACAGCAAGAAUGUGACGAAUUAUGUAAAAAGGUAGACUCUAUCAGGGAUGGAAAUUCCGCCCUAACACAAAUGCUCGUUAAGCUUUCUGAGGAGUGUCUGGAGCUCACCAAUGAAAACGAUUCCAUUGAGGAAGAACUAAUUAAGAGGUAUGGACCAGAAUCAAUUGCAGAUCUAUUGCUCAUGAAGCCUGCUUGAGAUACUACUUCUGGUGGACUCCCAAAAAACAGUUUAAGAUAGGAAGCUUCUUACAACUGAUCAGAAUCCAUCUUAUAUUUUUUUAUUGGGGCUAGACUUGACUUUUGACCCUGCUUUUAAGUUGUUAAUCGAUAUUAGACAUUAGACAUAAUGAUAUAUUUGUAAAUCAACAUUACAAUAAUCUUUUAUUAGUAAAAUUAAAAGUUUUGGAGAUAUA